GACAUUGGAAAUUCUUUCUUUUUUUCUCACAUGUUUAUGUAAUUUGUGUAGUUGAUCAAAAUAAAAGAAAUUUAAAUAAGAAAUAAAAAUGAAAAAGUGUUCAAUUCUAGGAUGCAUUUCGCAUCAAUUGAACAGAUAUGUGUCUUUGUUUUUCCUGGUUCGUAAAGGCGUAGUCAGAGAAGAAUGGAGACUUGCUAUUGAAUCUCUAAAUGGCCAGGUGAUAGAUUCAAGUCGACCGCUCCAGAAAUUUUUCAUCUGCGAUCUUCACUUUGAUAAAAAAUUUAUUAAAACGCUUGGGACUAACAAACGUCUCACAGAGGAUGCUGUUCCAACUCUUUUCCCUAACAUGCAUAACAUGAAGGAACAAAUAAAAGAAGAAGUUCAAGACGAUCAGGUAGAUAACUUUGACGAAGCUUGUUGCAGGAUGGAACAAAUGAUUGAACCACCAAUCGAUGAAGUUCAAUAUCAUCCAACUGAUGACUUGGCAGAAGCACCCAUCAAAAACGAACAAACUGGAAAUAACUUGAAAGGUACUUUUUAUAUCAGGAAACUCUUCAUUUGA